CAGCAUCAUUUUGUUAUGGUGGUACGUCAUCGACAUACGUCACCGACGUGCCAGGGGACGUUUCAUACGUCACUACUGUGGAGAACAAAUCACGUGCGUUAUGCAAAUGAGCCAGCUGUCCGCGAGGAAGAAUCUGCUCGGCAGCGGCGGCUCUGCGGGCUGAAGAUGGCGGACGACGAGAACAGUCUCGGGACUGGCCUGGCGGGCGCGCUCGAAAUGGACGGCCCUGCCGCGAAACGGUCGAAAAUCACACCGGGGUCAAACUACGGUGUCAAAGUCGGCGAAGGGGGUCAUUUUUUGUGCGUCUCCGCGAAUGCGGAGAGCUGGGAGGUGGCGGUGGAUUGUGCGCCGCCACUGGAGAAGGAAGCGAAGCCGGUGAUGGCGGUAGAGCAGGCCCCAGCAGCGCUAGGCGGAGACAACAAUGGACUGGGACCGCUGCUCUCUGCGCCGCACAAGCCACUCGUGAAACUGGACGACAACGCUGUGCUCGGGACAAAUGAAGAGGCUACUGACUUCGAUGUUCAUGAAAAUGAUUAUCUCGCCUCCAACGGUCUGGCUGUCACACCAGAACACAUCAACGAGGACGAUGACAGAUCCUCACAUGCAAGCUCCAGCGACUGGACUCCUCAACCACGAAUAGGUUCAUACAGCUUCAUCCAGCAGCACAUCAGAGAGACUGAUCCAAGGACCAUCUUGAGAGACUUGCUGCCUGAGACCGUGCUCCCACCAGAUUUAGAUGAUAUGACUUUGUGGCAAAUCAUCAUCAACAUCUCAGAGCCUCCAAAAAGAAAAAAACGGAAGGACAUUAACACGUUGGAAGAUGUGGUCAGGCUCCUCCAUGAGAGUAAAAGGAUCCUUGUACUUACUGGUGCUGGGGUGUCAGUCUCAUGUGGAAUACCAGACUUUCGCUCCAGAGAUGGAAUUUAUGCACGGCUUGCUGUAGAUUUUCCUGAUCUUCCAGACCCCCAAUCUAUGUUCGACAUUGAAUAUUUCAGACGGGACCCAAGACCCUUUUUCAAGUUUGCUAAGGAGAUUUACCCUGGUCAGUUCCAGCCCUCACCCUGUCAUAAAUUCAUAUCUAUGCUGGAUAAGCAAGGGAAGCUUCUACGCAAUUACACGCAAAACAUUGAUACAUUAGAACAAGUGGCUGGAGUUCAACGGAUUAUCCAGUGUCAUGGGUCGUUUGCCACUGCAUCCUGUCUCGUCUGUAAAAACAAAGUGGACUGUGAGGCUAUUCGAGAAGAUGUCUUCAACCAGGUUGUCCCUCAUUGUCCACGGUGUCCAGAUAUUCCCCUGGCAAUCAUGAAACCCGACAUUGUCUUCUUUGGAGAGAAUCUUCCAGAAAUGUUCCACAGAGCCAUGAAGCAGGAUAAAGAUGAAGUAGACCUCUUGAUUGUCAUUGGCUCUUCUCUUAAAGUGCGACCAGUUGCCCUCAUCCCAAACUCCAUUCCUCAUGAAGUGCCUCAGGUCUUGAUCAAUAGGGAGCAGCUGCCACACCUCAACUUUGAUGUGGAGUUACUUGGGGACUGUGAUGUCAUUAUCAACGAGCUCUGUCAUCGUUUGAGUGGAGACUUUGAGCAGCUCUGCUACAACACUGUAAGACUCAUUGAGAUCACGGAGAAACCUCCUAGGUUACCUGAACUUCCACCAAGUGAGGCCUUGUCUGCUUCAAGCGAUGCAGCUCAGGAGGAGCAGAAGCAGUACAGAUCAGACUCAAUAAUUAAGACUUCAGAGGAGACAGAAAUUCCAAAUGUCCCAGAGACCGCUGGUAAUAAUGUUACACCUCCAGAGCCUUGUCCAAAUGCUCGAUGUCCCAGUGAUGAGACGCCUGAGCCUUCAGCAUUACCAGCAGAAGAUGUGCCAAAAGACGAUACCGUUGAUGUAAAGAACCAAACUUCCAGCGUUGAGUUCCGUAGACGAUGUUGGAUUAGUCGAAUCAACACGAGUCCAAUCAGCAAACGCCUUGGGGCAAGCCAGUACCUGUUCCAAGCACCAAAUCACUAUAUCUUCCAUGGGGCCGAGGUUUACUCUGACUCUGAAGAUGAGACGUCAAGUUCAUGUGGCAGUGACAGCGAGGAGUCUGAAUGCAGUUCAGACGGGGUGGAAGACGACAGUGAGCCCGAGGAAGACGACGUGCUCGCAGGGAAUGUAGAGACUUGCCUCGGAGACACAACUCAACACACUGUAGCCAGUGAGACCACGUCAAGUGCGCACACAGACAAUACUUCUGAAACGACUCAAAGCACCACACACCUUUAAAUCUUAAGUACAUAGUCAACAAAGCACUAAUUGUCUUUAUAUAUGUUUCAAAUAUUUUUGACUUUUACAUCUACUAUUAUUUUUCAUAAAAUCUGUGACGACUGUGUGAAUAUGCAUUAAGAUUUAUCUCCUCGUUUUCUGUGCCUGUUUGGUCACAUGCAUUGUGUCUGAAACUUCAUACUGUGUAUUAUGUACUAAAUAGAAUGUUGUAGUUGUUUUUUUUUUUUCUUCAGGACAUUCUUUUAUUUGAUUUUGCUGUCAAACGUUCCGAAAUUUAGCUGAUGCUCGCAUUUACUGUGGCAUACAAACUAAUGCAGCUCCAGAUCAAGCUUUAAUUUCUAAAUUGCUAUCAUUUGUCGGUCUCAGUCCAUAGGCUGAUGUUAACUAUGUUUUAUGCGUUGUAGAGUUGGUUAAUGUUAUUAUUUGGGAGACAUGUAAGCCUACUGCCUGCUAAAUAGUGGUAACUAUGGGUUUCAGACACAUACAGAAAUCUUCAGACGGUUUAUUUUAAGGCAUAGUCUACUUGCAAUAUAAGACAUUCGGCUCGGCUGUUUCAUGAAGGCAAAUGCCGGUCAUAUGGAACAGUACUUUAAUUUUAGACCAAAGAACACUUCAUCACCGCGCUCCUUUGUCAUUCGAAGCUUUGUGUGUUUGACCAGUUGUUUAAAACUUGGGGGAGAAUAUAUGUAACUAUUGACAAGGUGUUCCUUCAGACAUGUGGCAGCUACUUUUUAUGGUCAAGCCUCCUAUUUUUAUACUUUGGUGUGAGACAUACUCAUCGAGGAGUAGAUGAUUUUUGUCUGUACAAAGUUAUACUAAGUUCUACUGUUAAGCCUUAGGAGUAUAUUCAAUGAGUUCACAUUGAAGUGUGGCACUUUUUUUUCUCCUUUUAAAACCGGUUAUGUUGCCUGUGUUAUUUUUCUUAUAAAGUUUAAACCAUUUUCCUUAAUCAUGCAGAUGAGUCUGUUGCCUGUAAAGAUUAUGUGUUGGUAGAAGGAAAGACACAUUUGAGCCGAUGUGUUGGAUAAACCUCUACACCAACAAAAUUUACAUGCCAUUUAAAAGGUUAUGUUUUGUUUAAGGUUCGAGGAAAUAAGACAUUUUUACAUUGUUGAAGUUGUUAUUUCUUCUGCGGUUCUCAGUAAAAGCAAGAACGAAAAUGA